CUUUUAUCCUCUUACUUCUUUUGUUUUUUAUUUUCUGAUAUUGUCUUUUCUUCUUCUUCUUCUUCUUCUUCUUCUUCUUGUCCUAUUCUUUUUUCAUUCUUCCCAUCUGUCCAUCAUAUCUCCCCUUUCCCUCAACUCCUUACUUUUCCACUUAUACAACUACAUAUAAAAACACACCAUGACCUUCCGUCCUGACUACUGGACUGCCAACAAAGUCCGUGAGACCUUCAUCUCUUUUUUCCGUGAUCAGCACCAACACACAUUUGUCCCAAGCUCAUCCACCAUCCCUCACGAUGAUCCCACUUUACUCUUUGCCAAUGCAGGCAUGAACCAGUACAAACCCAUCUUUUUGGGAACUAUCGAUCCCAACACAGAAUUUGGAAAGCUUACACGCGCCGUUAACUCGCAAAAGUGCAUUCGUGCUGGUGGAAAACAUAAUGAUCUCGAAGAUGUCGGCAAGGAUACUUAUCAUCACACCUAUUUUGAAAUGUUGGGCAAUUGGUCGUUUGGUGAUUAUUUUAAGAAAGAGGCAAUUGAUAUGGCCUGGACACUGUUGACUGAGGUCUAUGGCUUACCCAAAGACCGCCUUUAUGUUACUUACUUUGGAGGCGAUGAAAAACAGGGAUUGAGCCCCGAUCUCGAAGCCAAGGAGCUUUGGCUUCAGGUCGGUGUUCCCGAAAACCGUAUUCUCCCGGGCAGCGCUAAGGAUAAUUUUUGGGAGAUGGGUGAGCAGGGUCCAUGUGGCCCUUGCUCAGAGAUCCACUUUGAUCGUAUUGGGGGCCGUGAUGUGGCCCACUUAGUUAAUGAAGAUGAUCCCAACGUAAUUGAAGUUUGGAAUCUCGUAUUUAUGUCUUUCAACCGCGAGUCUGAUGGCUCAUUACGCCCCCUUCCCAACAAACAUAUCGAUACUGGAAUGGGUUUCGAGCGCUUGGUUUCUAUUCUUCAGAAUAAAAGCUCCAAUUAUGACACCGACGUCUUCCAACCAAUUUUCAGAGCUAUCCAGAACGUCACCGGUGCUCGCCCUUACACAGGUUUAUUAGGCGCUGAAGACAAGGAUGGGAUUGACAUGGCCUAUAGAGUGAUUGCAGAUCACGUCCGCACUUUGACCUUCUCCAUCUCGGACGGCGGUGUGCCCAGUAACGAAGGACGUGGCUAUGUUUUGAGACGUAUUUUACGUCGUGGUUCUCGCUAUGCUCGUAGAAAAUUCGGCGUCCAGAUUGGCUCCUUCUUUUCUUCGCUUGUGGAUACAAUCGUUUCUGAGUUUGGUGAUUCCUUUCCCGAAAUUCGUUCACGCAUUGAUGAUGUCAAGGAAAUUUUGAACGAGGAGGAAGAAGCUUUUUCGCGUACUCUGGAUCGCGGUGAGAAGCUCUUUGAUGGAUACCUUCAAAAGGCUAUCGACGCUAAGGCUACUUAUCUUUCUGGUGCUGACGUCUGGCGUCUCUACGAUACAUAUGGGUUCCCCGUUGAUCUGACUCGCUUGAUGGCAGAGGAAAACGGUAUCUCUGUGAAUGAGGAGGAGUUUUCUAAGCAGCAGGAAGCUGCCAAAGCCCUAAGCAGAGCCGGUAAGGGUUCUGGCGCUGGUGCUAAAGAGGUUGUUGCCUUUGAUGUCCAUGACAUUGCUUCUGUUGAAGCCAAGGAAACUGUCCCCAAAACCGAUGACUCGUUCAAGUAUCAAUCUGGCAAUGUCAAUGCUCACAUCAAGCUUAUCUAUCGCAACCACGAGUUCCCUGAAGAUACAUCUGCUAUUGAGGAUCAAAAGUCUUUCGGUAUUCUCUUGGAUCGUACAAACAUGUACGCAGAACAAGGAGGUCAGGAAUACGACACCGGUAGUAUUACUGUAGAUGGUAAAGCUGAGUUUGUUGUUGAGAACGUUCAGGUCUAUGGUGGCUAUGUUUUGCACACCGGAUAUCUCAAGUACGGCACUCUUCAUGUUGGCGAUGAGGUUGUUGUCCAGUUUGACGAGCUUCGCCGCUGGCCAAUUCGCAACAAUCAUACUGGAACACAUAUCCUCAACUUCGCUCUUCGUGAGAUUUUGGGCAAUAUUGUAGAUCAGAAGGGCUCUUUGGUUGCGCCUGAAAAGCUUCGCUUCGAUUUCACCUCUAAGAAUGGAAUGACACCUCAACAGAUUCAUGAAGCCGAUUUGAUGGCCAGCGACUUUAUCAAGCGUAAUCUUGUUGUAUAUUCUCAGGAAGUGCCUCUGAAUAUUGCCCGGCAGAUCACAGGACUUCGUGCUGUAUUCGGUGAAGUUUAUCCCGAUCCAGUCCGUGUUGUUAGCAUUGGUUAUGAUGUGAACGAGAUCUUGAAGGAUGUUACAAAUGAAAAGUGGGCCAAGACCAGUGUUGAGUUCUGCGGUGGAACGCACGUCGCUAAGACUGCUGACAUCAAGCAUUUUGUCAUUAUUGAGGAAAGCGGUAUUGCAAAGGGUAUACGACGGAUUGUUGCUGUGACUGGAGAGGAGGCUUACCAGGCCGAGAGGGUCGCCAAUGAAUUUGAGCAAAAGCUGAAUCACGUUGGCUCAGGUGCACUUUCUAGUUCAGCUUUGGAGCAGCAGCUCAAGGUCCUGGCUAAGGAAUUGGAUGAGAUUGUGAUUUCAGCCUAUAGAAAAUCGAUUUUUAAGGAACGUUUCGCUGGUAUCAAGAAAGCCUUCGAUGAUGCUGACAAGGCCCGUAAGGCCAAGCAGGUUAAAGAUGCUGUAGAGCAGUGCAAGCAGCAUUUUGAAACCGAUCCCAAAUCUAAGGUUUUUGUGGCCCUACUGGACGUUGGCUCGAACGCCAAGGCGACUGCAGCUGUGGUAACACAUGUCAAGGCACAGCUCAAGGAUAAGGCUGCAUAUGUGUUCUCAGUAGAUGAAACCAACGGCAAGGUGUCUCACGCAUGUGUUGUAGGUCAAGAUAUUCUGAAUAGCGGGAACGAUCUCAAAGCAACUGAAUGGGCAGAUGUGGUAGUUAAGAUUGUAGGAGGACGUAAGGGUGGGAAAGAUGAUUCUGCUCAAGGCGCUGGGGAGCAUGCAGACAAGGUGCAGGAGGCCAUUGACGAGGCCAGAAAAUAUGCCGAAUCGAAAUUGAACUAAAAUCGGGAUGCUGGCUGUCAUAUUUUCUCAUUCUCAUUUUUACGCAUUUUUCUCCUUUAUAUUUUAUCAUUCCAAAACGACAUCAGUCUCAGAUUCGUUUGUAAUAAAUCACUUGUAAGAUCCAUG